UCUACCUCAUACAUGCUUCAUACUCAUUCAAUGCUUUCUUGUUAAUUAAAGGUUCGGUCAUGACAUAAGCAUCUGACAUUCCUCCAAAUCUUCACUGUUCCAAAUGGAGAGAAACUCAAGAAGUUUCAGUGCAGCAGCUUUCUUCAUGGAUCAUCAUACCUCUGGCCAGCACAGUCAACCCGGCCACGCCUCAAGCUUUCAGUGGCUUUCUUUUGCCUACCAGGGCCUGACAGAAAUCCCUUAUGGAACCAUUCUAACACUAACAGAUACCCUGGAGGUGCUGGAUCUGAGUUAUAAUUUGCUGAAUGAUCUUUAUUGGAACCCGGCUCUGUUGGAUCAACUGGAGAGACUCAGCACUCUGAUCCUGGACUGCAACAACUACACCUCUCACGUCAAGUUCCCCUACAUGCCCAGCGUCACCACAGUGUGCAUCAACAAGAACAAGAUAAAUAACCUGCCCGUCUUUGUAGAAGAAAUCCGACGAAAGUUCCCCAACAUAAAGAUCCUUAGUAUGAUGAACAAUGAGGCAGCACCAAGCUAUUUCAAUGGAGGAAGUCUGACUCAGUACAAAGACUACAGACAGUAUGUCAUCAGUCAGUUACCAGGACUGGAGAUUCUGGAUGACACUGAGGUUCCGGAGAAGGAGAGAGUCCAGGCUAGAAAAACCUACAGGUUGCAACAGAGCACUCAUGGCAGUAGAAAGAGGAAGGAGGAUUCAUCCAAGAAACACACACACAUGCAGAAAAAGUCAAGUACUAUCAUAAGACAAUAGUAUACACAAAGUUUUUAAACCCGUCCCUUAUGAUGACCUUUUUAGUAAUAUAUUUAAUUAUAUAAUAUAUAAAAUAUAUCAUUGUAUGUUCUGGUUCUGCUUGUUCCAGCACUUAACUGACAUGAAAAAUUGAAAUCUAAACACUAUGUUUGUAUGGCUGCAUAUCAUAUUAAAUGGUAAUAAUUUA